AUGUCUCUCAUGUUGUCUUUUUGCUCUUUCGUUCGACUUGGUGAUAUGUUUGCAAAGGCGCCGGGGAAAUUGAAGGGUGGUGCGUCAUCCGUGUUGGUGCGAGCGGCAUUGUCUUUCAAUGGCCGUUUGUGUUACUGGCGAGCAGGAGGUGAAGUCAACUUUCACGCCAUUAUUGAUGAUAGAAGUCGUGGUACAUCCAGAAGCAGCUGGCCAGAUUUCCCGGUGUGGGCCGUGCGCUCCACCUCCACCUCCAACUCCAACUUCAACUCCACUCGCCUCGACUACGCCUCUGCGCAUCCACCGCGCGACAUCCUUUCUCAAGCAGGAAGCACAAGGCCUGAGCUGCUUCCAACUUCCUCGUCCUCAACCCAUCGCCCGCCGCACAGGAUGCCUCUGAUCGACCUUCCUACCGAGCUACUCGACGAGGUCUUUUCCUACCUUGAUUGGGACCCGUCGCGAUCUCUCUAUCCCACAAGAGAUGACGUCCUCAACGCGAGUUUGACAUGCCGCCAACUGCGCAAGGUCCUCGAACCUGCCAUCUUCAGGAACGUCACAUUGCGACUCUGCUGGGCAGAAGGACGCUUGAUCGAGCCUCGAUGGUAUUGCCUUCGCAAGCAGCGGCCGGACAUUGCGAAACAUCGCGAUAACUUGGAGCCUUUCGUCGUACCCGAAGGAGUUGAUGACUGGCUCACCCUGUCAAACAAUCCAGAGAACUCUUCUAGCGACAUCGCACAUCUAAGGCCUCGCGUGGACGACUAUGCGCGGCGACAUAUUCAGGAAGAGCCACUCUCUAAAGACGUUGAUGCUGAGCAAGCACUAAGCGCAGAGGACUUGAUCAGAGUGACCAAGACGCAGUCGCGAACGAAUCAGUCUAUCGAUGCCUUGUCCAUCUUCAUGCUGUGCAUUCCAGCAUCCGUCAACAAGAUCGUCUUCAAAGCCCAUAUGGAGGGCAUCCAUAACAAAGACAAGAACAUCUACUCCCACCGACUCCUCUCCAUCGCACUAGAUCUGCUCCACGACCGACUGCAGGAUCUCACCAUCAUUUCCAAUCAGUCCGUCCGUCGACUUGGCAUGUCCAGGCGGCAAAUCGCAGACAUCGGAUCCGAAAUGGUCGAUCAGGAAUGGAUCCCUACGAGCGUCGUCCAGAAGUUGUCCCCCAAACGACUGACCUUUGCGGUCAACGACGAGUAUUCCUUCCACAAGAACACCACUUCGUUCGUACACCAGGGCUUCCAGAGGUGGCACCAGCUUUCGCCCACCGUCAGAGAGCUCGACAUUCGAUAUACGAAAGGAGAACUGAACGAGCUGGUACAGUUUGUGAGAGGCUUCGAGACUCUCACAACGAUUCGCUUUCAAGACUGCAUCCUCCUCGCCCCAUAUCAAGCCCCGAUGGCACAGACACGAGCCUAUGAGCAGCACGUCUGGCUCAACCUCGCCAUCCUAAUCCGACAAACCUUCCCGCACGCAAAGAUCGAGCUCGACAAUCUCUGGCGACCGGUGAUCAUGGACAAGCUGCCAAAUUGCGCGGUGAAUUGGAUACUUACGCAAGCAGUGCCAGAAGGAGCACUCAUCGGCGAGGAAAGAGAAGAGAGAUUGAUGGAAGACUUUGAAGCUCCGGUAAAAGGCGCAUGCAUACGAGCACUAUCCUUCUCCCCAGAAUCUCCAGAGCCACCAUGCCAACGCUCACAGUAUGAGCCAGUCAGUUCCAUUCAGAAGAGACUCGAGAUAUUGGAGGACAUCCAUCUGCAUCACAACACCUCAUACAACCACGAGUCAGUCCUCAUCCGCCAACGGAGCCAAGUGCGGCCGUCUACGCAAUACCUGUUUCGUGGGAGUCUCGGCCUUGGAAGGGUCCGCGACAUGGAUCGUUUGGUUGACUUUCUUCUGUAA